AUGUCACCACUGAGCCAGCGAGCGAACAGAAAGGUUGAAAGGUCGUACCCGAUAUCAAGAAUUAUAGCAGCCUACCCAAACUGUACACUUUUGAAAGUUGAAAAUCUUGUAAAAAAUGAUUUAGAGAGCCGAUGUCUAAAAAAGCCGAUUGAGGUUCAAGCAGAAAUCAUCAGUGGACUGAAGUUUGCUGAAGGUGGUUUGUAUCAUAAGGACAGGCAGGUGGAUGCCGUGACCAUACACCAGGCUCUGGCUGAGUUUCUGGAGUUUCUAGGCGAUGAGCCUGUCACACUGUUUGGUCACAACUGUAAACGGUUUGCUUGUCUCGUUCUCUUCAACGCCGCCAAAUCCUGUGACAGGAUGGAGGACUUGGAGAAGAAGGUGACAGGCUAUGUGGACACCCUGCCUCUGUUUAGAGAUGUCUUCCCGGGCCUGCCACCCUACAGGCAGAUCACUUUGUACCAACAUCUCUUCAGGGAGUCCUACGCCGCUCACGUGGGUAUGAGUGACGUCACAUCGUUAAAGCGAAUUCUUGUCCUGCCGUCUGUUACACCGGAAGUAGUUUACAGACAUUCAUUUGAUCUCGACUAUAUCCGUGAGGGUGUGAAAGACUCGUUGAUAAAACAGAAGAGGUCUGCAAGCUGAUUUCCCGAGGUUUUCAACAAAGCCAAUGUAAAGACUAAAGUAAACUUCAUAGACUAUUGUACAAUGUACAGACUUGUUUACACUGUAUAAACUG